CACGAUCCGAAGCUUAUCAUCGUCGUCAUAUUCUAAAGUCUCUCUCCCUCUCUCUCUCUCACAUCGCAGUUUCUGAGAAGCUGCUUAAUCCCGUCAUCUGCUCUCUUCCACACUCCAACUCGCCCUUUUUUCUUUAGGGUUCCAAAAAUUCACAAGUGCAAUACGUACAAGUUAUCCGUGCCAUGUUCAUAGUAGAUAUCUCCGCAUAUACCGAUAUACGUAUAGAUUAAAACUGCACUCAUGAAAUCCUGUCCAUAUACAUGUGUCGUCAGGAGCACUCUCGAAACCCUGUUGAUCUCUUGCAAAGCAAUCGCUGGACAACAGUGAGUCCAUCUUACCCACUUCUGUUCUGUAGUACUAUUGUAUAUUGAAUUUCGUUUUGGCUACUCGUGCUCAGCUUAACACCCCAAAUUUUGCACCUUUUACCCCCCUGCACCGUGAGUUCGUUGGUGUUCACGAAUGAUCUUUGGAGUGUUUUUUGUAGUCGAGGUCUAGGGUUCUAGUUGGUAAUUUUAGAGUUUCAGUUUGCCCAUUGCUGUGCUGAAAUUUUUGGUAUUAAACGUAUGGCAUCAUAUCAUGGUCACUCGCAGUCAGAACCCGCGAAAAUGGAACAAAUAAUCACGGAGUUCUUUACGAAAAGUCUUCAAAUUAUACUUGAAUCUAGGGCUCCGUACGUGUCAUCACGUAAUUAUAGCGGAGAACAAAUGAUGUCAUCCCCUUCUUCAUCAUCAUCUUCGUCUUCCAGCAUUAAGCCGAGGGACAAAUGGUUUAACCUAGCACUGAGGGAUUGCCCUGGAGUGCGAGAGAGUACAGAUUUUUGGCGUCACAGUAAUCUUGAACCUAUGGUGGUUGAUGUGAUUUUAGUGAAAAGACCAAAUAGUUUGGAUCCUGUGAGUAAUUCCCCAAGAAGGGGAUUGGUCAGGAACGCGUCAAACGACCGGUUUCCUAGUUUUUGGAAUGCUGACAAUGAUGAUUUUGGGUUUGAGACAAAGGCUGAUAAGAUCAUAGAGAGAUGGGUAGUGCAAUAUGAGAGUCGAAAAAGUGGUAGGGAUAGUAGCUCUGGAACCAAGAGGUCAAGUGGGACUAGUUCACACAUUUUGUAUAAGAAAUCAAUAUUGCUUUUGAGGUCGCUGUAUGCAAUGAUUAGACUUUUGCCCGUGCAUAAACUCUUCCGUGACCUCAAUUCAUCGAGCCAAGUUCUCACAUAUAACCUCUCUCAUCGCGUUUCGUCUUUUGUUGAGCCUUUCACUCGCCGAGAAGAGUCAGGGAUGCAGCGAUUUGAGUUCACACCAGUGGACACCUUUUGUGGUAGGCUUUGCCUCUCUGUGUUGUAUCGCUCAUCGUUUUCGGAUGUUAGCUCUGAACCGUCAACACCUAUCACGCCGCAGUUCAUACCAGAUUAUGUAGGGAGUCCACUGGCAGAUCGAUCAAAGAGGUUCCCAUCUUUGUCUCCAUUUGGAAGGCGUCAUAGCUGGAGUUAUGACCUUUAUGCGGCCUCACCACCUUCAGAAUUUCCCUCACCUUCACCCACUUACUCAGAUUCGCGUGUUUCAGUUUCUAAACCAAGUUCCCAUCGUCUCCCCCCUUCUAGCUUACCUCGCUAUUUGCCUGGAACACCUCCAUUUAAGAGAGAGCAUAAAACUUUUGACGAGUUUGGCCCGUCUCCUGCCUUUUCUCCCUCAACGUCCCCAUCACCACCUGCCGACUUUCAUGGAAAUCAAAUACCUACAACUCUUUUACGGUCUGAAAGUGCGCCUGUUAGCAUACCUGGAUUUAAAGUUGGUGGUGCCUCUUCAUCAAACAAGGGGCAAAUUUUGCCUCCUUCCCCUCCUUUUAAGGGCUCAAGACCUAUUGCUUCCAGGGUGGAGAGAAGUUCAGGCUUGGUUCAGACUAACUCAAUUGUUGACAAGUUCACCUUCGGAAAACAUGAAACUGGAAGGUAUUCUGGGGUGAGGAUAUCAUCCAGUAGCUCACCUCAGAAAUCGUUAUCCAGAAGCUCCAGUAGGUUAUCUCUCGAGGAUGAUUUUGAUGAUUCUGAGUUUUCUGGCCCUUUUAUUGUGGAUGAUGAUGACCUUACUGACACAGGUAGCAGACCUGGAUCUUUUGAUCAGCAAGCACAUAUACGUGAGCCACUUGAGCGGGGAGGAUUUUUUCAAGUAAAAAAGUCCCAAGAUGGUGCUGUUAGUGCUCAUCGUUUGCUGAAGAAAGCCCCUCCUCUCCGUCAGGACAUCACCAAUUCUAUUAUCUCAUCUGAGGAGCCUGGGGUUCAAAAUGCUGCUUCUUUGGGCAUAGUAUCUUCUGGGCUCGUGUUACCCAAAACAACAGCUGAUGCACUUGAAGAGCUCCGGGGAUACACAGAGCUAAAAGACCUGUUGCUUCAGCAAAACCUCACUUAGGCCAAACUUCGGUGCUAUGUUUCUAAAUCCUUUGAAGUUAUGUACAGCAAUUCGGUUUGGUACUUGAGUUUCAUGCCAUGAAUUCCGACUUUCUGGCAAUUUUGUGAAUAUAGUCUGGUAUGUGUAUAUAUGUUGAUAUAGUACGUCUGUAGCAUUUGUGAUCUACACGGUAUGACUUGUAAGUAUAAAUCACUCACUUUGUUCUGAUUGUCCAUAACUGUAUUCAGCAUCCAGUGUUGGGUGUUUCCAUUGAUCAUGCCACUGCGAUGUACGGUAUAUAACGCCGGGGAUACAAAAUGGCAAGAACAUGGGAUUCUCGAUGUGUGACACAUGAUUUUAUUUUUAUGGUAACUGAUGUGAUUGUUAUUUUUGCCAAAA